ACUUCAAAUCGUGACAUCUUCUUCUUCUCCCCCCCCUCUCUCUCUCUCCCUCUCUCUCUCUCUCUACAAACUUUCUCUCUCUACAAAAUAACAUGCACAAAAAUAUAUAUAUGUAUAGAGAAGAAAUGUACAGUAGUCAGAAAUCAUCCAGAGAAGACAGAUUAAAAAGAAAUCCUCGAAAUCCAUCAUUCUCUUCCAGUCUUCUUGACGAAAUCUACCGUUCCAUCGAUGGCGGGAACGAGAAAUGCCAAGAAUUGAAGUUUUAUAAGGAUAGAGUCGUCAAGAAACAGAGUCAUGGCAGUAGUGUCCAGGAUGAAGACAUGGCGAGCCUCCGCCGAGCAUGUCUUCUCGAGAAGUGGAUGGAAAAGAAAGUUCACGACAAGGUUUCGGGUCGACGACGCCAAUCGGUACCCGAAUCAGAGGAGAGAAAAUUGCAGCACCGCAACACUGAUGCUCUGUUCUUCAGUUCCUCUUCAAGUUCUUCUGAUUCUAGUUCCGGUGCACUCUCAAUCUCAUCCUCCGACACUGAGUUUUUGGGGAAAUCGAGGACUUCUUGUUUCACUGCAAAGAGGCCAAAGCCAGUGAAGACUAACGUUUCGGAGAAAUUGGGAAAGGCUGAAUACUAUGAACAGAGUGAGUACUACUUGUUCGAUGAUUAUCCUCAUCGGAAAAACCAUGAAGAUUUGAAGAAUGAAGAUGGUUUGAUAAAAUCAAAAUUGAGAGCUUUAAAGAUUUACAGCAAUUUAAAGAAGGUGAAACAGCCAAUCUCGCCUGGGGGUAAGCUCGCGAGCUUUUUAAACUCUCUGUUCAGUAAUGGAAAUUCGAAGAAGAAGAACUCAAGCUCAUCAUCAACUGGAGGUUACGAGGAUGUGUGUGUGGAGAGAAAAGCAAAGUCCACUCAAGCAUCUACGUGUUCAUCGGCAUCUUCAUAUUCCAGAUGUUUGUGGGAUCAAUUAAAAAGGUUGUUUGGAUCAUUCCUUGCUUUGAGCUUCCCUCCUCCUUUGAUGAUAUGGUACGGUAGGUGGAGUGGGGAAGUUGCCAACAAUGAUGAGAAGAAUAAUGUUCGUGGGGUGGGGGAGAUGAGGUGUCAUGAAACAUUACGGAAGAUUCACUUUAGGAAACAAUCAAAGGUGGUGUGCUAA